CUUAAAUAUAGUUCAUGUCGUUGCGUCAAGUGUUUGUACGAGUUUUAGGUUAGGAGUGAGAAUUUUGACAAUUGAAGGAAAAUGACGAGCGUAAUGUUAAAUAAUUGCAAACGAGCGACGAGGAUAACGGCGAGUCUGUUGAAGAGCGGCGAUAACCUUGCGAAGAGACGGUAUGCCACUUUGGAAGACUACAAAAUCACCUGGACGCGGCCCGAGAAAGUUUCGCCUCUGUCACCUCAAAAGUCCGGUGAUCAGGGAAUAGAUGUCGACGUCAAGGAGUCCGACAUGCCCGAAAUUUACAGGGAAUCGCCCGAAAUGAAGGACGCCAGUGAAAUUGUUAAGAGAAUGUUUACGUUAAAAUUUCUACCGCUGAAGGCGACGAACGAUGUCAUGAAGACGAAGAUUGUCAAUAGAGUGCGGAGAUACAAUAGUGACGUUCUCUCACCAGAAGUUGGAGUUGCCAAAUGCACCACCAAAAUACUCCGGUUUCGGAAGCUUUACGAGAAAAAUCCUACGAAUGGCAGAAUAAAAACUAUAUUGAAGGAAUCGAUUGACCAGCGACGUCAUCAAUUAGCCAAAUUGAGGAAACUGGAUUACAGAUGUUUCGAGUACACCUUGGAGAAGCUGAACCUUGUUUACAAACCACGUCCCGAACUUCCUACUCAAAUCGCUAAGAAAGAAUCUCUGACGCGGUUAACGGAGAAGCACUGCAAUAAGAUCGUGCAAGAGAAAUUGGACGCUUACAGGGUAGAGCUAAAGAUGCAGCAGAAGAAUUUCUACAUUGAGAAGGCAGAGAAGCUCGCAUUUAUUAGGAAAGAGGAGAUAGAGUGCGGCUUGGAACCAACGGUGAGCGAAGAGGACGUGGCGCGUGCCAAGCAGAAAGCAAUGGAAUACCAAACGUAAUUUUAAUCGAUGAAGUCUAUAGAUUAUUUACAAAUUGUACAUCAUUAAAAAGAGUUUACAUUAUUA